CAGGUGCGGUUCCUUAGUAAAAGAUGCAUACCAGCCGCUUCUUUCGCGAUGAGCAUGAGGAAACUCCUCCAGAGAGCGGUUCUGAAGAGGUGGCCAUGGCUCAGGCCUUGGCGAAGCUGUGCAGCUCGGCACAGGCCAGGCGUCGCAGUGAAGAGCGUCUCAAACUCUGCCGGGAUUUGCUUUCCAAGAUCCAGGUGGCCACACCCACGGCUGAGGCCUCUCUGCGGGUGCUUUGGGCAGAACUGCGCGUGCUCAGAACUCGCGUCCGACCCACCCAGACCUCCAACGAGGCUUUGCAGCUGCAACUGAGAGUGGCCGAACGCGCCCGCGUGGCCUUUGGUUGGUCCAUGGGACGCUCCUGGGCCAAAGGAGCCCAAAAGAAGGCCGUCGAUGAGGAAGGCGCCCCAUCCACGGCGACGGAGACCGCCACGCCGGUCCCGCGCCGCGCGCCACGGUCUCGACCGCCGCGCCGCGGCGCGGGACGCCGUGUGUCCCGUUCGUCCCAUCCGAAGCGCGCCAAGCGAGAGCCGGACGGAGCGACCACCGAAGAGGCCUUACCCGCCUUACCGGCCUCCAAUGCACCGAUCGCAUCAGAGGUCCAAACGUCCGCGGCGUCUUCAGCCCUCUCCAUGCAGACCUCUGAGAAGCAUGCGCCCGAAGCGGCUGAUCAGUCGGACAGCGAUGUCAUUGUAGAGGAGGACCAGUCCGUCGUGGACCCAAAGAUGGUUGAUGCGGCUGACGCGGAGUCCUGGUCGAAGCUGGGAGACACCGUCUUAGAGGAGCUCUUCCAUCGGAAAAGCCGCGGAGGUGAGACGGUCUCGGGAUGCCCUUGGUGUGAGCGAAGGGCGGCGGCGCAGUCUCCACAGUCUCCGGCGUGCCAGGCUUCCAGAAAGCCGCUCGCGACGAGGCCAAAAGAGCCACCUUCCGUGGAAGAGAUGUCUUUGACGUCGCCUCCAGACGAGGCUCCCUCGAGCUUGGAGCAGCUGCGGGGCCGCUGUGCACUCUUCCGGCAGGGCCACUACAGGCACCUGUGUUCAGAGCUUUGCUACUUCCGGGAGUUCGAAGCGGCCCGACAGCUCAGAGCCUUGCAGGAUCGUGCCAUGACCACCGGUGUGCCUUGGUCCUGGCUGACGGCCCGGUUGGCCUCCAGCCACAGGCCUCCAUACUGGUGUGUGGUCUUCCAUGAAGCUUCGGGAGCUGUUUUGGGCUCCAGUCGCUGUGCGUGGCAAAGACUUCAGUCGCAGCAAUCACCUGUGGCACCUCUUCCCUCAUGGCGUUUGGAGUACAGAGACGAUGUGCUUCAGAGCCCCUUUGGCCUCAUUGAGGAGCUUCUGGCAGAAAAGCCCUGGCAACUACUGACCACCUGCGUCUUGCUGAACAAGACCGGCCGUGCAG